CCGCAUCGCCUCCUGCCUAGGUCUAGCUGGCGGCGAGGCCAGGGCUGCGGGAUCUGCGAUGGAACUUCACAUCCUAGAGCACCGGGUGCGAGUACUGAGCCUCGCGCGUCCGGGCCUCUGGCUCUACACCCACCCGCUCAUCAAGCUGCUCUUCCUGCCCAGUCGCAGCCGGUGCAAGUUCUUCAGCCUGACUGAGACUCCGGAAGAUUACACACUCAUGGUGGAUGAAGAGGGCUUUAAAGAGCUACCCCCAUCCGAGUUCCUGCAAGUGGCGGAGGCCACGUGGCUGGUGAUGAACGUGUCUCACAGUGGCUCGGUGGUGCAGGCUGCUGGAGUUACCAAGAUUGCCCGGUCUGUCAUUGCCCCGCUGGCUGAACACCACGUGUCUGUUCUGAUGUUGUCCACGUACCAGACAGACUUCAUCCUGGUACGGGAGCAGGACCUGUCUGUGGUGAUCCACACGCUGGCCCGAGAGUUUCAAAUCUACCGUGAAGUAGGCGGGGAGCCUGUGCCUGUCACGGGGGACGAUUCCAGCAAUGGCUUUCCCCAAGCCCAGCACGGGCCCAGUCCCACGGUGCAUCCCAUUCAGAGCCCACAGAACCGCUUUUGUGUCCUGACACUGGACCCUGAGACGUUGCCGGCUGUUGCCACCACCCUCAUCGAUGUCCUCUUCUACUCGCACAGUGUCCCCAAGGAGGCAGCCUCGGGUGGUCCUGAGUCAACUUCCAUUCCAUUCUUCGCCUUCUCCCUCAUUGAGGGUUACAUCUCCAUUGUCAUGGACGCAGAGACCCAGAAAAAGUUCCCCAGUGACCUCCUGCUGACCAGUUCUUCCGGGGAGCUGUGGAGGAUGGUGCGCAUCGGGGGACAGCCCCUGGGCUUCGAUGAGUGUGGGAUUGUGGCCCAGAUCGCGGGCCCCCUGGCGGCUGUCGAUGUCUCCGCUUACUACAUCAGCACUUUCAACUUUGACCAUGCGCUGGUUCCUGAAGACGAGAUCAGCUGUGUCAUUGAUAUACUCCAGCGAAGGCAGGAAGGCCUGGCUUCCAAAGAUCCAUAGGGAACAGCAGACCCAACACCGUCUUACCCCCCUGGGCUUUCAGAGACUUUUCUGAGCUAUUUCCUGAAGCUUCAGAGUGAGCCCCUGAUUCUGCCAAGGGAUCCCGGUUCUGCCGUUUGUACGUAAGCCAUAUGGAGCUGGAACUUGUGGUUGUGGACAUGUCUGCCCACAGAAGACACCUUGGUGCUUGGGGCUUAGACCCUCGACCCAACACUUUCUAUGUGACCUCAGCAUUGCGGUGCCUGGCUGCGUGCCUGCCUACAGCUCGGGCUGCCUCUCACCUGGCUAAGGCUCAUGUCCCCCAGGGCUGGGCUCUGAUCUCCAGCCUGGGACCCAGCCAGAUGAGUUCCCACAGUGCACUCCCUUCUUGGGGCUCUGAAAGAAGAAUUACAUCUCACUUUUAUUUUCGUGACUGUUUAAAUAAAUAAAAGACUUGGCGGGGCUGUGCCCUCUGGUUCCGA